AUGCCUGCUAUUGAGAUCAACCCGACUCGUCUCGAAUCUGUGCACCCGUAUGACAUAUACGAAUUCAACGGAGUUCUCGGGUACAAAGGGACCCACAUCCUCGGUUACUUUGUAUCCCUUCUCAUCUCUAAUGUUUUUCAAUCUUCCGGUACCGUCAUGAACGCUAGAUGGUUAUCACUCAACAGCGUCUAUCAGACGGACUUUUGCGCCGUUCAAGGCUCCAUCAAACAAGCCGGAAAUGUUGGUAACGCUGUUUGGUCUCUCAGUAUUUCAAUUCACUUGUUCAACAUCCUCUUCCUGCGGUGGACAUCUAAUCGCGCCGCGUUCGUUGCUGUACUGACACUCGGAUGGGGACUCGUUAUCGGCAUUGUAAUCAUCGGACCCACCGCAAUACGAACGUCUCACCCGACCCACUACCCAUAUUUCGGCAUCUCUGGCAGCUGGUGCUGGAUAACCAGUGCCUAUCCCCGUGAACAGAGGUUCCUUGAAUAUGUUUUCGAGUACAUCUCAGCGGGUACCUCCUUCAUUCUGUACACAGCGAUACUCCUCAGGGUCCGCGGCAACCUCAUAUUUGUUUCAGGGAAACCCCGCCUUCGUUUCGUCCCCCGUGGGCAAAGCUGGAAACUCAGCAUUCUCCGGGAUUACAUCGACUCUUCAAUGUUACGCGUCGUACACCAAAUGGUCUGGCACCCGAUCGCCUACGGGAUGCUCAUCGUCCCCAUAGGCCUCGCCCGCCUUUCCGAGUUUUCCGGGGCUCACGUCCCCGAGUGGGCGGUCCUCUCAACGGCGGUAAUCUUCAACUUGACAGGCUUGGUGAACGUCCUGCUCCUCCUUGCCACAGGUCGUCUUUUCCCGGACACAAAGUCUCUCCCCAAAUUCAAACCUCGAAAGACCAUUGACUUUUCUAUAUCCGCGCGAAACGGGAUAACACCGUUUACGUUGUCGCAAUGGUCCGAUGUGUGGGGAGCCAUUUAUGCUGUAUGCCAGCUCUUCGGUAGAAGCUGA